UCACUUGCGCGGAAGUAUGUGAACAUUUUUGCAAGACUCUGCUCCUCACAUCAUCCACGGCCGCUCCCGGCAACCGCACUCACCAGUUCCAGGGCGAAGAGCGGCAGGGCGAUCAUGUCGAAGCUACAUGAUCCACGUAGCGAGGAGAUCGUAGAGGAUCUGUAAGUAGUCCCAACCUCAUCAUGACAUUGCAAUUGACGUCCGUGUGCAGGUAUCUAGACGAACCAGUCAAAAUCCUUAUCGGCCCGAAGCCGGUCACACUCUACGUCCACGAAAAAGUGCUCGUCAAGCACUCGGCCUUCUUCAAGACCGCCCUCAAAAAGCAGUGGAGGGAAGGUCAGACUCGCCAAGUCAAGCUGCCGGAUACGAAUCCGAAAGCUUUCCAUAGAUACGUUCACUGGCUGUACAACUCAACAAUAACUUGCAAGCACGCGAAUUUGGGUCUGAUUUACAGCAGACUCAUCCGACUAUAUAUCUUGGCGGAGAAGUUGCUCGAUCAGGAGUGCCAAGACCGCGUGAUUGACGCCAUUGUCAGUGUCAUGCGCCAGAAAUUCGACGAUCCAGCAGAUCCAGAGGCAGCGAGGGCUCAAGAGUUUCCCGGAAACAGUCUCGUCAAUCUUGUAUAUCGGGAAACCCCAAAAGGCUCACCUCUGCGACGACUGAUGCUGGACGCCCAUCUUUUCUGUGGCAACGCGGAGUAGAUCCGUUGCGAAGACUUUUCCUCGCACAAU